AUGGGUCAUGAAGAUGCUGUCUACCUCGCCAAGCUCGCCGAGCAGGCUGAGCGCUAUGAGGAGAUGGUUGAGAACAUGAAGAUCGUUGCCUCCGAGGACCGUGACCUCACCGUUGAGGAGAGGAACCUUCUGUCCGUCGCCUACAAGAAUGUCAUUGGUGCUAGACGCGCUUCGUGGAGAAUUGUCACCUCGAUUGAGCAGAAGGAGGAGUCCAAGGGCAACUCUACCCAGGUCGGCCUUAUCAAGGAGUACCGCCAGAAGAUUGAGGCCGAGCUGGCCAAGAUCUGCGAGGACAUCCUCUCCGUUCUCGACAAGCACCUCAUUCCUUCCGCCAAGACUGGCGAGUCCAAGGUCUUUUACCACAAGAUGAAGGGUGACUACCAUCGUUACCUCGCCGAGUUCGCCGUUGGCGACAAGCGCAAGGAUUCCGCCGACAAGUCCCUCGACGCCUACAAGGCUGCCACCGAGGUUGCCCAGACCGAGCUUCCUCCCACUCACCCCAUCCGUCUUGGUCUUGCCCUCAACUUCUCCGUGUUCUACUAUGAGAUCUUGAACGCUCCCGACCAGGCUUGCCAUCUCGCCAAGCAGGCGUUCGAUGAUGCCAUCGCCGAGCUCGACACCUUGAGCGAGGAGAGCUACAAGGACAGCACCCUUAUCAUGCAGCUGCUCCGCGACAAUUUGGUAUGUGCAGUCCGAUCUAGACGAGGCGGUGCGACGUGCUAA